AUGCCAAGCGCCGUCGCCCGCACACGACAUGUAAACGCUCCAGACAACCACCACCUGGACUUCCUCCAGUUUCAAAAAGCCAAGCAGCUCGAAAAAGCAGCAAAGCCUGCGCCGCUCUCGGCCGAGCAGCAUGCCGCCAAUCGGGAGUGUCUCAGCACUGUUCAAUUCGUGCAGCCGAAUUACUCUGCCGAAACGGAGAUCAACGUCUCCGGCAUCUUGGGAAGAUGGAAACGCUACUGCAAUGAGAUGAAUGUCGGCGACUGGCGAGCCACGAUUGCUAACCUGAGCCGCGCCACUACGAUGGAUUUUUUUCUCUUCGUCUGUGGCAACUACAAAGUGCGAUCGUGGGGCUCUUCAGGAGAGUACAUCCGCCAGUUCCAGCAGCUCUACACGACUGUCACAGGGCGCUACAUGGAUAGAAAUGAUGCAAAGGAAGUCUACAAGUACCACCGAACUGUUUUAAUACCUCGCUUCCAUCUCCGAGCACCAACUAUAGACGGCAAGCCAGUCCUUAAUGUCGACAGUCUUCGGGUCAUUCUGACGUUCAACAUCGCGUACGACACGAGCGUAUUCAGCCUUGGGCGGCAUCGCAUCCAGCUGGCCGGCUGCUAUCAGCUCCUGUGUUACACUGGAGCACGACCUGCAGAGUUGGUGGACAACGAGAGGAAGGGCCCGAAGGAUGGCUCCAGAGAAAUACUCUUUGGCCAGAAAGUCAUACAAGAAGCGGACAGCGACGGCAGCGCGGACCGGACGCUAGACAAGCGUUCCAAAGAGCUCAACAAAAUGCUCCUACGAGAGACAACGAAGAGAGGCCGCCCUAAAGCUCUCUGCUAUGAGGACAUUCUUUUGAUGCUGGUGCGGCACCCCGCUACAGGAAAGCCUGUCCUGGCCAUGGCCAUUAAAUUCAUCCACCACAAAGGAGCAGACAACAAGCCGAAGCCGACGAUUUUUUUCUUCACGCCUACUAGGAAGCUUAUCUUUGACGCGGUCAUGGUUAUCGUCGCGCUGGCCCUACAUGACCAUGCGUUCGAUGCGUCGUGCCUAACCGAUGCGAAUAGUCUGCUCUCGAAGGAUGUUUGGGGUCCUCAAGAUUGCAUGCCCAUCCGUUGGAAAAAGGAGAAAUUGAAAGUCCCUGUUUUUCGCCGCAUCAACGGUGCAACGUUGUCUGAAAACGAGGCGAUGCUCUACUCUAAGCUGAGUUAUGAUAUGGGCCGGCAGAGCCUGGAAUCCGGCCACGAGAAGGCUUGGACGCCCAGGUUUGCCCGACGAGGUGCGGCGAACGCCGCAAAUGGCGACGCACCGGAUUCGGUCCGCGAUCAGAUGAUGCGGCAUGACCCUCAAUUCGCCACAUUUUUCUCUGCGUAUCUGAACGAGAUUGCCAACUUUGAUCUCCAGAAUGCCUUCCUGGAGGAGGAGAAGCAAAGUCAGCUCUUUCGCAUGUUUGCACAUGUGAGCUUCACCCGCGACCCUCGUGCCGUUCGGGAUAUGGUGCCUGAUGCAGUAUGGGCGAAUCAACCUCCCGACCCCGAGAUUGUGGAGUUGGAGGAGGAGCGCACAAAGCUUAAGCAGGGAAGGUAUCGAAUUGAGGAUAGUCAGCAUGAGGAGAGAAUACGAACGCUCACGGACGAGAUCAGAAACAAGCGGACACAGCGCGAUAGAAUGACUGUGAAAGAAUACCGCGAAUACUAUUUCUACAACCGUCCCACCUGGGACAUUGAGGCCCAAGCCCGCGGCGAGGUGGACGAAGAAUUCGAGCAGCCAGCAAUUGACCUUGUCAUACCGGAACAGGCAAGAUUGGCCGAAAUUCUGUGCCUGCAGCCCGAUGGCUGGACAGAUGAUGAGCUUUUCAAAUACAGAGUUGAGGCCAUAGACUUGAUGGUGGCUCUUUGUGAUAAGAAGGAAACAGGCAAAACUAGACGCGCGCAGCGGCCAGCCAGGAUCGAGGCUUCUAUCAAGCAAGAGUCGCCGGAAAGUGACGCAUCGUCGGAACUAGAUUUCGGGCCGGAUCCUUUCCCACUGCUUAUGGAAACAACGCAAUGCCCAGACUGCAUUGGUGACGAGCAGAUGCCGGUCGAGGCGCGGAAGUUUAAGUAUUGCCGUCCGCCGGUACUGAAUGACCACUUUGACGACGAGCACUUGGGCCGCCGAGAGACAGCCGAGCGACGUGGUGAGGCGAUCUGGUGUGGCCAUCCGAAAUGCAGGCAGGAGAAGUUUGACCACGUGGACCAUUUUCGAGGUCAUGUUGAGCGAGUACAUGGAGUGAGCCUCAGGUCAUCGGACCAAGUCGCAAAGAGGAGACAAAGGCAGGCGGCGCGCCGUGAAAAGGCACACAGAGGACGGCAGCAGAAGAAACUCGCAAAGAUGGCCGCCGUUAGAAUGUGA